AUGAUUCCUUCCAGUAGCAGUUCUGGAUUAUCUGCACCCAUCUCUUCAAGACCAAGCUCUUCCCUUUCUGUCUCCCGUCCAUCGUCGAGCGCCUCACACAGACCCCCGUCCAGCCUUUCAACAACACGCCCCAGCACUUCUACUGUUCGGCCACACUCACGCUAUUCACAACGCCCACAUUCUCGGCAUGCUCGAUCUCGCCUCGUUCCUGUCUGUCAGACCCUCAUUGCUCAAGUCACCGGCUUACUGGAGGACGGAACUCCCUCAGAUGAAGGUGGGGAGAAGUUUCGUUCUCUUGUCGAAUACGCCGUGAAAAGCCUGGAAUCGACAACGAUACACAAGGCUGCUGCUGGUGUAGAUAUGGGCGUUGUUGACCGUCAGAUAAGUGGGCUUGCUCUAAAAUCGAGAAUUAACUCCAGAGAUGCACAUGGGGAGGCAUUGGAGAUUUCGUACAAGAAGCUCAAAGACAUCGUCGAGGGAAGGGAGAACGACCUUGACCAGGAGAUUCAGACAUCUCGACUCCCAGACCAUCUCCAAUUUCUUCUUACCCUUUCCGAACCUUCGUCACCCAAAACGCUCUCCUUCGCAAAGGAGUAUCUUGAAAAUGCGAACAACCCAGUUGCUCCCCCUCCAGCGUUGACUUGGGCAGAAAUUUUAGCUGAAGAACCAUUUGAGGGUGAGCACUGGGAGGGCAUAUAUGAUGGCCACCAGAAUGACUGGGACACUACCCCCUCCCUGUCACCUCUAAACUCGGAUGAUUUGGCACUGGACAAUGAUGACUCCCUGUCGACGAGCGAUUAUGAGGAGCCUGCAUCGUCUCUUCCAAAGCAGGUGGAAAAUGAACCCUGGCCAUCCACUCAAGCAAAGGCGAAGAUGCCAUACACAUAUGCCCAUCGAAAGGUCUUUGAAGAUUUGCGUGCAAGGCAGUAUUGGAGAGAUGGCUGGACAACUGACGCCGACCCGAAGCGGAGAUUUGAUCUUUGGGAUCCCUCGACGUUGGGUCCUGCAUUGACACAUGCGCUCGCUCGCCAGCAAGGGGGUCUUGCGGCACACGGUAUUCUUCAACCUGAGAAAUUCAUUGACGAAGAGGAUUUGGUACGUGAGGUCUUGAUAGCGCUUCAAGGGCGGAACAAUAUCGUGCUCUCAUGGAGAGAUGGAGCAUACACCAUCACGCCAUCAACUCCAAGACUUAUUCACUUGAGCAUUGCAUCACAAUCAUCUAUUCUUUCAUCAUUAUCCAAAACUGCCGCAACCGUAGAAAAUCUGCGGCGGUUCACAGCAUCCAUUUUCUUGCAAUCACGAUCACAGUACAUCAAGCCCUCCCAAAGUGCAGCAACGUAUAUCCGAAAAGCCACUACCACACGGACUUGUGAAGCUUUUGCUGACGCAAUUGACCACGAGAUCCGAAGCCUCGAUGCUUGGUGCGCAAGACGUGAAGAAGUCAUGUGUCGUGCUAGCGCAGGAAUUGACGAAGAUGACGUUGUUGUCAGUCUCUUAGGGACAGAGAAGGCCGUUAGGGACCAAUACGAAACCUCGUUUGAGGUUCUGCUCGACGUCGUCCAAAAUGUAUUUGACGUUAAGGAGGGGUUCUCAGAACACGCCACUUUCCCUGCGAUGGGGAGACGAUCACCAGCGGCAGUUACAGCAUUUCUUCUAGAUUCCCUGUUCUCUCAUGUGCAAGAACAUCUGGAGAGAGGCGACACAGUGACGAGCGAUACGCUCAUGCGUGUUUUUGUUCGAUCUGCGGAGCCUGUUUGGGGCAUGAUUGGGAAGUGGCUGAAAGACGGUAUGGGGCUUGGUUUGGCAAUCGGACGGGGCGGCGUUCCUGGACAGGCAGAUGAGCUUGAUGAGGAGUUCUUCAUCGAGAGCACGGGUGUUGGUGUUGGUUUGAUGGCGAUGGGCCUUCUAGAUCCGGAGUUUUGGAAGGAAGGGUACUCUCUACGCGAGGGUGUGGUGCUGGGCGAGGACGAAAGUCGGAUCCAGGAGGAAAAGAAAGCUAUCCCUGCAUUCUUGGAACAUGUUGCUGAGCUUGUGCUUGGAACUGGGAAGGCUGUUGGCUUGAUCAGGGCGCUUGGGAUCCCGCCUUCCGCUAAUGGGUUUGGGAAGUGGAGGUCAUUUGCAGAGGUCGUUAGCUCAAAUUCUCCCGCUGUCGGGAGGUCCGGUCAGGAUGGUGGGGCCUUAUUUUCAGUUUCGGUUGACACGCUUUCAAGAAUCAUCUAUGACGGUCUUCUACCACGGUGUCAGGCGACUGGAUCGCUCCUUGCGAAAGUUCUCGUUGACGACUGUGAUUUGUGGAGGCAUCUUGGAUCGAUUGAAGAUCUAUACCUCAUGAGAAAGGGAGAUGCUGUAAGCCACUAUAUCGAUGUUUUGUUUGCCAAAAUGGACACCCAUCAAUCCUGGAGUGACUUUCAUUUCAUGAAUACUGCCUUUAAUGAUGUGGUAGAAGCCAAUUUGAAUGCAGGCGCCAAGGAAUGGAUACAGCCAUCACUCGUCCGGCUUUCCUAUCGCGGGACCAAAGAAAAAGAAAAAUCCAUCAAUAAAACAGUCAAAGCUAUCGAUGGCCUUCUCCUCGGAUACGCCAUCCCAUUUCCUUUGACUUACAUCUUCCGACCUCGCAUUAUACAAGUGUAUGGGGACAUCUUUGUGUUUUUGUUGCAAGUUCGCCGAGCAAAGAGCGUAUUGGAGAGGAUCCUUGUGAGAGGGGAGCGUGGACGGGACAAGAAGCUGAAGGAGGAGUUCAAGGCCUUUUAUGCUAUGAGAAGCAGGCUGAGUUGGUUCAUCAAUACCUUGCUCAAUUUUUUUACAACAUAUGUAUGUUUCAUUCUUCAUAUUUUGGAUGGCGUCUCAAUCCGAAGAAAGGUGAUACAUGCUCAAGUGCUCAAAUUCCAUGAUGACUUUCGAGAUACCAAAUCACUAGAUGAAAUGAUACAAGUACACGACGAACAUCUGGAUAAAAUACAAGGACGCUGUCUCCUCAAAUCGAAUACAUCUGCGCUUCACCGAUCUAUCAUCUCCAUACUGGACCUAUCCCUUCAUUUCAGCGAUAUGUUCGCCACAUUUGCAGGAGACACCACGACAACUCUCGAUGUUUCCCGUCAAUCCAUUUCUAUGCGACGUCACCGUAGCCGCCGACAAAGACGACUACGGCGCGAUGUCAUUGGGUUUUCGCAAUCCCUACACGAGUCGGAAGCCAGUUCCGAAGACGACGAUGAGGAGGUGGAGGUGAAUUUGGAUACUAUCCCUGAUACUCCGGAUCCCUCGUAUUCCAUGAUGAGUUCUGCUGCUGGGGAGGAUUUCUUUACUCGCGUGGAUAAGAUGUCGACGGAACUUGACGGGCUUGUUCGGUUUGUUCGGCGAGGAGUGGAGAGUCUUGCGGGCGGACUGAGUGAGGCAGCCCCGGCUUUUGGCGUUUUAGCAUUUGCCUUAGAGGACUGGGAUAUGUGA